UCUACCAGCCCAAGAGUCCAAGACCAUCUUUUCUGUGUUCAUCUCCCACCUAUACAUACACAAAACGAUAUUUACAUACAUUCAUCUGAACUUAUAAUAUAACAAAAUGCUAGCCGUUUUUGAUAAAUCUGUAGCAAAAAGCCCUGAGGCUUUACAAAAUGCCCAAUCUGAAUCAGUUAGUGCACUCAAAGAUGGCUUCUUGGCCCACCAUUUUUCCUCUGUGAAGCCUGGUUCUGUCACUAUUAAUCUUGGGGCUGCUGGUGUUCUGGCCUACUCCAUGGAUAAACAAAGCCCUUUUCUUCCCAGAUCAUUUGCUGUGACGGAUGAUAUAUUCUGUGUGUUUCAAGGCCACAUUGAAAAUGUUGCACAUCUUAAGCAACAGUAUGGAUUGGGCAAGAAUGCAAAUGAAGUGAUCAUUGUUCUAGAGGCUUACAGGACUUUAAGGGAUAGAGGUCCUUAUCCUGUAGAUCAGGUCUUGAGAGAUUUUCAUGGAAAAUUUGCAUUUGUUCUCUAUGACGGGUCUUCAAAAUCUGCAUUUGUCGCUGCUGAUGCUGAUGGAAGUGUGCCCUUCUUUUGGGGUACUGAUUCUGAAGGAGAUCUUGUUAUCUCGGAUGAUGUUGAUGUUAUAAGCAAGAGCUGCAAGAAGUCAUUUGCACCAUUUCCAAAAGGAUGUUUCUUCACAACCUCUGGGGGCUUAAGGAGUUUUGAGCACCCUAUGAAUGAAUUGAAGCCAAUGCCAAGAGUAGACAGCUCAGGGGAGGUUUGCGGUGCAACCUUCAAGGUGGAUGCAGAGUCCCGAAAGGAAACUGGAAUGCCUAGAGUUGGAAGUGCUGCUAAUUGGUCCCAACAUUACUGAACAAAAAUACCUUUAACAUUGUAGCAAGUCCUUGGAUAUCAUUAGUGGGCCUUGCUGAGUCUUCCACACUUGUUCUUCAUAUUCAUAUCAUGAUUGCUCAUGGUUUACUGGUAAUGAACUUCUCUCUCUGUAUGGUUGAGUAAACUUGGACCUGUGAUACAGCCAUGAAUGUGGUGCUUACCAUUUCAUAUAAUACAGCACAUUAUAAUUCUCAGGAGCUGUGAAAUAAUAGUACUAUCAAGAUUAGCUUGUCACUAGACAAGAAAUGCUUGUACGAUACCGCCAUCCUUUUUUCUUUUGUGAUGUUAAUUUUACAUGCAUUGUUCGUUUUCAA